AUGCUUUUUGAACCUGAUAUUUUGAAUAGGUAUCAACAAUUCUCAACCUAUUAAACAUAAAACAUGAAGGUGAUGGAAGUUCUUAACACUGCACUUUUUGAAAGAGCAUUAUUGGAAGGCUCAUAUGCUUAAAGUUUGGAUCAAUUAGCUAAAAUAUUGGAUCUUAAUGAAGAUGGCAUAAUAAAUGACGACAUAAUCGAUAUAGUCUAAGCUUAUAGGAGUGUAAUUUUAUGCGAAAAAGAGUAAGCUGAAUACUUGAAGGAAUCUUAUAAAAACGAUGCUUUGGUUGUAUUAAAAGACUUGCUGGCUAAACAACACGACGGUGUUUCGAAAAUUGAGAAUACAUGCAGACUCUUAGAUAAACAACUCAAAUCUAAUGUCAAUAAUUUAUCUAGAAGAGCCAAUCGAUAUAAAUAGAGCAUCAUUGAUUUGCCUUUUGCUAAAACCGAUUCGAUUAGAACAGCCUUAGAAUAAGAAAAACAAUAAAACAAUAUCUUCUUAAGAUAGGCCAUAACAGAUUACAAUCAGACAAUAAGUGAAUACUUUGAAGGAUGUGCAUAGCAAGAGUAAAUAGUGAUUCAAUUAGAUAAAUAAAGAAGAACUGUAUUCAAUGAUAUUUAAAUGAAAUUGUAAGUCUUUCAUAUUUCAACCAUCAAAAAUGUAGAAUAUGCACUUAAAAAAAUGAAUUAAAAAAUAGAAGCUCAAGAGAUAUCAAAACCUAUUUUCAUGUUUAAAAUCGAAGAUUAGACAAGACCAGUGUUGAAUAAGUUUAAUAUUAAUGAUUACAUAAUGUAAACUGAAAUGGAAAUUAGAAAUUAAUAACCAUCUUUAAAUUUGAAAUCAAAAUAAGCCACACAAGAGAUAAAGUCAUUAUGGUCAUAAAUAAAAAGAACUAUAAAUCGUGAUAGCUCUUAUGAUUCAGUUUUUAAUUCAUUGAGUUAAUCAAAUUUUGUAGUUAAUGAUCAAUUGUUUGCAAAGUUGGCGGGCUCAAAUGAAGAACUCGAUUAAUUUUUAGAUUCAUUAAGAGAAUCUAAGUUACCAAUGGACGCAAAAUCAUAAUUGAUAAAGCUAAAUAUAUAUAUGCAGAACCUUCAUAAAUUAUUAGUUGAUUUAAUUCAUUAUUUAUACCAUAGGAAUCUAACUGAGUAGACCAUAAAGUUAAUUAAGUAAACAUUACAAAAGUAUCAUACAUUCCCCGUCCAGGAUGAUUUAAAAGAUCAAAUAACAUUAUAUUAUGAUAACAUAUUGAAACAACCUUGUUUAAUGGAUGUUGAAUUUUGGAAGAGACACUUUAUAAUAAAGCUCCAUGAACAAUAAUAGGUGGAUUCAUAAAAUGAAGUUAAGAGACAUGAAAUAAUUGCCGAAAUUAAAUUUUAAUCUUCAAAACUCCUAUAGCACAGUAUCAAUCCAAGUGUCAUCACAUAAGCAGUGUAGAAACUAGAAUUAGAACCAGAUGAGAUCGAUCAAAUAAUAAAUCACAUCAAAAUGAAGGUCGAUGAGAAGUGA